AUGCAUGGACCUGUGUUUUCAGUGGAACCGCCCAAUACAGUAGUUUUUGCGAACACAAAAGGCGCUUCGAUUGCCUGUGCAGCAUUUGGUGUGCCUGCACCUCGUCUCAAAUGGGUCAGGAAGGAUGGAUCGCCCGUCACCGAAAUCCCCCGUGUCGUCUCCGUCCUCCCAAACAAUACGCUCUACUUCCCGCCAUUUAAGUCAGCCAUGUUUCAUCCAGACGCGCAUUCUCAGGAGUACCGUUGCGUGGCUACCAACAAGGGCGGGAAAAUACUCAGCCGACUCUUGCGUGUAACAGCUGUUGUAGUUGACAAAGAUAACACAUACAACGUCCAACUGAACAACGUCUGGGUGAUGCGUGGGGGUACAGCCGUAUUAAAAUGCCUCAUCAACCCGCAUUUCGUCAAUGAGUAUAUUAAAGUUACCGAAUGGACACAGGGUUCAGUAUCAAUCACCAACAACACUCGAAUUUCCGUGACGAGUAAUGGCGAACUCCAGGUACGAGAUGUCAGCGAUGUUGACCGAACUUCUGCUUACCGAUGCGUGACCAAAAAUAUUCUUACAUUAGACGAAAUGACCAGCCCUCCGGCCUACAUUCAUGUUUAUGAUCCUCCAGCAGUGUCGAAAGCUCCAAAUAUUGAAAAGUCCCUGUCGAGUCUUACCGCGGAGGAAGAUUCAAAAGCAGAACUUCCGUGCGUGGCCACCGGAAAUCCACUCCCUCGUUACGAAUGGUCCAAAGGUGGUCAAAUGUAUUAUGCAUAUCUUUCUUUUUCUUACCCCUUAUCUCCCUCUCUCUCUCUCUCUCUCCCUCUUUCCCUCUCUCUCUCCCUCUCCCCCUCUCUCCCUCUCUCUCUUUGUGUCAUAUAA